GGAGGGGCAGGGAACGGGGUCGCUCUGCAGGCAGAGCGCGGGACCGGCAGCAGGGCAUCGCCGCCCGCGGCUCGAGCUGGCCGGGGAGGGCGAGACGCCCCGACACCCACCUGCGCCCGGGGGGAGCCGCCUCGGGGCUGGGAGGAGGAUGCAGGAGCGAGUCCGGCUCGGGGCCGCGUAAGUAUGCGUCACCCUCUGGUGGAGCUCUCGGCUCACGGGUGUUGGAAAAGCUCCUCCUCCCUGCCCCACCCCUUUUGGCUUCAAACCUGAUUCCUCCUUUGUGAUGGCCCAGGCAGGAGGAGUCGUGCGCUUCCGCCCUGAAGGAGACUGCGCCGUGUCGCCCCCGCGGUUUGCCCGCAACCUGGAUCGGAGACCCUGGCUGCCUGCCACCAAGAGCAUGGAGUCCACUGCCUCCAGCCCGCAGCGCUGCCUCACGCCCAAUCUCAGCACGGGCAGGAUCCAGUUACUGCGCAAGAGCCUGGCUCCCGAGGCGCGGCGGUGUCAGCUGGGCAUGUAUAACAGCACCGGCUCCUUAAUCCGCAAGGCACCAGACGCUGGCCCCUUUGGCAACGGCAACUGCCCAAGCUCUGGGCGGGUGACAGCACCGUGCACCCCACUGAGAAGCAGGCAAAGCUCCUUACUGUCCUCCCCGGGCAGCCGCAGCCCGCUGGUGGCCCCGGCGCCCGAGGGGCAGAGCUCUGUGGUGACGUUCCGCUUCAUUGAAAAGGCUAGCGUGAAAACCCUCAAUGGCCUCCCAUCGGGUGAGCCCAGGAGGGAGAACGGGCCAAGUCCCCAUGGCCUGAGCCGCAGCUUGGAGUUCGGGGAGGCCGUCCGCUGCGGUUCCAGCAAAGAGGGGAGCUCCUGCCCCGCCAUGCAAAGCCAGCCUUCCCCAGGCACCAGGCAGGGCAUAAGUGAGAGCCUGCGGCUGACAGCCCGGCCGCCCCCGUGUGGCUCUGUGAGGGGGCCACCUGGAGACACGUGCCCCCAACCCGCCCAGAACAGCCUGUUCCAGGAGCACCUCAGUCGGAAGCUGAAGCUGGAGGUCUCUGCCUCAGAUCCGUUCCUGGCCGGUAGCCGCUUUCCUGUGGGCAAGCAGCCCUCUCUAAGUCCUGGCAACGGAAGGGCAGCAGGGCUGCCCCAUGCUCUGAACACCAACUGCCUCUUCAGCUCCCUCUCCAAUGGGCUGGGGACACCAUCUGAGCACAUCUCAGCGCUCCUGCGCAACCCCUUGGGCAUGGAGCCCCACGACCAGGGGGGCUCGUGGGCAUGUUCCCGGGAGAGCUCAGCCCAUGCCCAGCGCAUUGCCAAGGCCAAGUGGGAAUUCUUCUAUGGCUCACUGGACUCUCCGGGGACAGGCACCUCCCCCCAGACACCUCUUGAGUCUCCAUCACUGGCAAAGCCCCUGCAAAAGCCCAGCCACCAGCUGCCGCCAGAAUCAGAGAAACCAAUGGCGGAGCGCAGCUUGUGUCACGUCGAGGUGGAAAUAGAGAUGGCUCCUGCAGGCAGUAAGAAGCCAGGAUCCUGUGAAACUGGCAUCAUAAGGAGGACGGUGAAGUAUUCGGAGACGGAUCUGGACUCGGUGCCGCUGCGAUGCUAUCGCGAGACCAAUAUUGAUGAUAUCCUGGCUGAGAAGGACGAAGGGGAUUCGGCCAUCGAGAGCCAGAAGGACAGCGAGAGCAAUCCGAGUGUCACAGGAACCUUGGGGAGAAGGAACAGCGUGCCAGAGGACCCCUUUCCCCAGCGCAGGGGAGAGCAGGACGGGAAGUGUCUGAGGAACGGGAUGCAGGGCGAAGAGAUGGACGAGGAUGACGAGGUGUUUGAGGCAACGAGGCAGGAGAACAGGGGCAGGAUCAUGGACAGAGAUGAACAGGGCCUGCUCAAGUCACCAGUGCCCUUCCUCCUGGGACACAGCCUCUCCAAGGAUGGGAUGGACUCUUUCAGCAAGCAUUUUGAGAGCAUCAUGGAGUCCCAUCGAGCCAAGGGGACGUCCUACACCAGCCUAGAUUCAAUUGAUGUUCUCUCCUCCCCAGCCCGUACCUGUGGUACCUAUUUCACCUUUGACCUCCCAAUCCUCACCCCGGAAAUACAGGACCAGAUCCGAGACAGCGCCAAGCUAAUUGAGCAGAAUUUUGCCCCUCUGGCCCACCUGGAGCCAGAUUCUGGAACCAGCUCUGCCACUGAUGCCCCCUGGACCGAGAGGGAAGAGGAGCAGGGGAGAAGGGGGAAGAAUGGUUUUCACAGCCCCUGCCGCUCGGAGGACAGCUUUGGACUGCCCCUGACCUCCAUCGUAAGUGACCAUCCUCUGAGUCAGCUGGUCUCGGACUCGGACUCCGAGAUGGACAGCACGGAGCAGCUGGCACUGGGCAGCACAGACACGCUGUCCAAUGGGCACAAGGCUGACCUUGAGGCUGCCAAGCGCCUGGCAAAGAGGCUCUACAACCUGGACGGAUUCAAAAAAGCAGACGUGGCUCGCCAUUUGGGGAAGAAGUACGUUAAUGAGUUCAGUAAGAUGGUGGCUGGGGAAUAUCUGAAAUUCUUCGUGUUCACUGGGAUGAGUCUGGACCAGGCUCUCAGGUCCUUUCUGAAGGAGCUGGCCCUGAUGGGGGAGACUCAGGAGAGAGAGCGAGUCCUGGCUCAUUUUUCACAACGCUAUUAUCAGUGCAACCCCAAUGCUGUCUCCUCUGAGGACGGAGUCCACACGCUGACCUGUGCCCUGAUGCUCUUAAACACAGACCUCCAUGGGCAUAACAUCGGGAAGAGAAUGUCCUGCUCUGACUUCAUUGGGAACCUGGAAGGCCUCAACGGAGGGAGUGAUUUCCCCAAGGAGCUGCUCAAGGCUCUGUACAGCUCCAUCAAGAAUGAGAAGUUGCAGUGGGCCAUUGAUGAGGAAGAGCUGAGGAAGUCCCUCUCUGAGCUGGCCGACCCCAACCCCAAAUCCAUCAAACGCAUCAGCAGCUGCAGUAACCCCUUCCUGGACUUCUCGCAGGACCCCAGCAUUGCCACCUACAAGUACGGCCUGCUGGUGCGCAAGAGCCAUGCGGACUCCGACUGCAAGAAGACCCCCAGAGGAAAGAGAGGCUGGAAGACUUUCCACGCCAUCCUGAAGGGAAUGAUCCUCUAUCUGCAGAAGGAGGAAUAUAAGCCCGGGAAGCCCCUGGCAGAGGAGGAGCUGAAGAACGCUAUCAGCAUCCACCACGCACUAGCUACGCGAGCAUCCGACUACAGCAAGAGACCGAACGUCUUCUACCUCAGGACAGCCGAGUGGCGGGUCUUCCUGUUCCAGGCCCAGAAUACAGAACAGAUGCACUCCUGGAUCACACGCAUCAACGUGGUGGCAGCCAUGUUCUCUGCUCCCCCAUUCCCCGCAGCCAUCGGGUCCCAGAAGAAGUUCAGCCGGCCCCUGCUGCCCAGCUCUACCACCAGGCUGUCCCAGGAGGAGCAGGUGAAGAGCCACGAGUCCAAGUUCAAGGCCAUGUCAGCAGAGCUGGUGGAGCAUCGCUCCUCGCUGCCUGAGAAGAAGGUGAAGGGCAAGGAGUAUGAGGAACUGAAGCAAAAGGAGGAGUACCUGGAGUUUGAGAAAACGCGCUACGGCACCUAUGCCAUGCUGCUGCGUGCCAAGCUGAAAGCCGGCUCCGAGGACCUGGCGGCCUUCGAGGCCACACUGUUCGAUGCGGCCAUCAGCGAGGAGGACAGCCUCAAAAAAUCCCGCUCCAGCCCCUCCCUCAACCUGGAGCUACCUAGCACGGGCACCAAGGUCAAGCGCAACGUCUCGGAGCGCAGCAGCAACGUGCAGAAAUCCUAGAGGGGCAGCUCCUUCCCACCCAGCCCCAGGGCAGCCGGGCCCCUGCCGCCGAGAAUCUGCAUGACUUCAUCCUUCGUGGGCACAAGCCAUGGGGCUGACAGCUCUCACCCAGCCACCAGCACCAGCCCAUGCCAGCUCAGCAUGGAACCAGAGCCCUCCACCGAUUCCAUUGGAAACAGAUACCGUGCAGUGCCGUCUCCAGCCCCUGCCAACCGGGCUCACACUACAAGACUUACCUACCACCCCCCAAUUCCCUGGGAACUGGGUGCAGGUUUUCCCGAGGGGGGAAAUAACCAAAAACCAACCACUGAGCUAAAUUCUUCAGUGUAAAAAGCAAAGCAGCGCUCUCUCCUGCUCAGGCCCCACGGCCCCCCACCAUGGUUUCUAGGACAGACUGACUCGGGGAGACAACCCAAGUGGGGCCCUUUUAUACAGCAUCACCGCAGCCCUGGCCACCCCAGGGGCCAGUUUCUUUAAAGCCGCCAGAUGGGCAGAGCCCUGGCCGCUCCCUGUGAUGCCACCCUCCCAUCUGCUGGUUUCUUACGGUUUUGAACGUUUUUGUGAUACAGUUUUGCACUUUUUAGUACCUGACUGAGCUGACUUACAGGAGGUUUUAGGGGGUAAUUUUGAUGCUCUUUUGGGAACUGUAAAAACAAACCCCAAUCCCUCCAAGGCAUUUGAUUCCUAGAGCUGCUGCAGGUUUUUUUGUGACUGCGGGGAGCAGAGGCCCAGCCCCACCCACAGCCGCUAGCCUAGCACUAGUUUUCUAUGUUGCAGAGGAGCUGGCUAGUUCUGCACAGCCCCACUCAAGACACUGGACUGGCUUGUGCCCCUUAGGCAGCAGCUAGCACCUGCCCUCGCACGCUGAGGUGGUGUUGCCCUGGGGCACAGGAAACUACCACCAGCGUUCCAGCUCUGGCUGCAGCUGUAUGGUGCAGGGGAGGAGGAUGCUAAGCAAGCCCUGGGCUCAGCCAUGAAGCCAUAACGAGGGGCCAGGGUGGUGUCUGAUGAGCACACAGUGCCCCUUUGGCUCAUCGUAGUGCAAAUCACUGUGGACAGGCAACACGGGUGGCUUUCCUAGCUGGACUAGCUCGGGGCAUGGCAAGGGGGGGAGGGAAGAGCAGGGUUAUUUUGAGAGCUGGAAUUCAACCUGCGCCUGCUGGCCACUUCCCCCGAAGGCUCCUCUGCUGGAGGGGCUAUGCCAGUCCUGCCCCCUCUACCUCCCACCUGAAAGGGCUCAGAGGCUGCAGCUCUGGAGCUGGUGCCCCUGAACAUCACGCCCAGGCCCUCCCUCUCACAAGCUUUUUCCAGCACUAAAGGGCCUUGUCCAUCCCUGACCACUGGAAGAAUAGCAAAAAGGGAAGGGCCGGGACAGCCUAGGAACAAAGCCAGAGCUCACAGGAGCUUUGCCCCCAGCUUGGUUUGGUUACUGGAGGCUCCUCUCCCAUGAGGGGAGCAGCAUGAGCUCUAGCCCAGGAGUUCACCUGCCACAUUCAUGGCCCAGGCUGCAGCAGACCAUCCUAGCAGCAUGCCUGGGGGCAAGGGGAUCCUGUCACCAGCAAGGGGCUAGAUCAAUGCAUGGUCAGCUGCAGCUCAGGGCUGCGCUAUAGCACAAGGGUGCAGGUUCAGCCAGCAGGCAAUCCAGGGCCUAACAGGACUGCACCUACCCCGGGACCUUGGUCAAUGGCAGCAGGACAGCUGCUGCCCUCCGCCCCGACUGCGAAUGUGUCUCUCUUUUUAUUCUGCUCUUUUGAGUCUAUUGCAAAAAAUCUUUGUACAGCUUCUUCCAUCAGUUACUGAAGUAAAACCUGCUCUUAAGCUGCU